CCGCAACUUCAUGAUUAUCCUUGUGUCGGCGAUAUCCAGCUUUUGUUUCGGCUAUGGAAACAAUGCUGGCGGAGGAUGUUAUGCACAGGAAACGUUCCUCAAGAAAUUUCUCAGUGGAUCGAACGCCAAUGCACUCAUCGACGCGAUGAAUGCAAUCUUUCUUGCCGGCGGCUUCAUAGGGACUAUAAUGCAGAGCUUCGUGUCUGAUAAGCUAGGGCGUCGCUUCUGCACAGAAAUGGCGGCUAUUCUUAUGGUGCUGUCCGGCAUCCUUAGUGCCGCGAGCGUCAAUCCGGCUAUGUUCAUUGUCUCCCGUGGUAUUGGUGGCAUAUCCGGAGGCAUCAUUCUAUCCAACACGCCGGUGUAUAUGAGUGAGAUUGCACCAGCGCAUAUACGAGGCCUCCUGGUCGGAAUGCACGCGACCACCGUACUCUCUGGAUAUGUCCUCUCGGCACUUCUCGCUGUUGCCUUUAAUUUCGUUACCUCGGACAUACAGUGGCGCCUUCAGUUUAUAAUGCUGACAUUCUUCUCUCUUAUCUUCGCUGUCUCUGUCCUCUUCAUCCCCGAAUCUCCUAGAUGGCUCGUGGAGCAAGGAAGGGUCGAUGAAGCUAGAGCUAUUAUGGAAAAGCUGCACCGAACCAAGGCUGAUCCAACGGCGAUACUGGCUCGCGCAGAAAUUCUGCAGAUUGAAGCACAAGUUGACUUUGAAAGAGAUCUCCCUCACAGUUAUUGGUACAUUCUAAGUAAUGCACAUCUCCGGAGACGAGCUUAUUGCUCAAUUAUAACGUUCGCCAUGGUCCAGUCUACUGGUUUGGUGGUAAUCUUCAAUCUCAUGCCUAUACUCUUUGGUAAUCUUGGCUUCAACAACGUUCAACAGCUUGGCCUUUCCGUUGUUUGGGUUACCAUUGGAGCCAUGGGCGCAGGUUGCAAUGCUUUGCUUGCGGACCGAAUUGGACGAGUGAAGCUUCUAGUUACCGGAGGAUACCUUCUAACUGCCAACAUGGCCAUCCAAUGUGCGUUGCAAAAAUUUUACCUCCAUUCAACAUAUAAGCCUGGAAUAAAUGCCAGCGUGGCUUUCUUUUUCAUCUUUAUCCUUUUCUACAGCAGUACGUGCGACUGCGUAGUCUACAUCUACAACGCAGAGAUCUGGCCAACCCAUCUGCGGAGUAAAGGUGUCACCUUCGGAGUGGGGUCCUAUUUUCUCUUUGGAAUCGCAUACAGCGGUCCUGCUGCGCAAGCAUUCAAAAGUAUUGGGUGGAAGUACUAUCUCGUAUUCAUCUGCGUCACAUUUGUUACGGCAACCCUUAUACUAUUAACGUUCCCCGAGACGAAGGGACUAUCCCUUGAAGAGGUGAACAUCAAGUUCGGUGAUAGUGUAGAAAUGACGUUGGGCGAUAUUCAGCUGGAUGAGAUCCUCGGAUCAAAGCCAACGGCAGAAACUACGGAGGUGGAAUAAAUGAAACCCUCUGGAUGGGUUAAAUUAGCUACGAUGAGUAAGGGAAUGAUUGUGUAGCUCUGGUCCAAAAUCUCUUGACUUAAAGCUCUGCCACCUGAACUUUGCUUCCCUAUGCUCUUUUCUGGUUGUCUUAGCUUUGCUUUACCUUUUUUGGUUCUGUUAUUUUAAAAUUGUAAAUAGUUGAAGCAAGUCUAAGAAUCAGAUCUGAGUAACGAGGAGGAAGGCAGCCCGAUUUUGGUCCGUCCGACAUUCGAACAGGGCGACAAAUACGGAGUAUUUAUAGAGUUCAAGGUUGCCUAAGGUUAGCUUAUGCGACAUCAGUUACGCUGAUAGGUGCGGGGAUAUUCACAAAAUGUGUUCACC